AUGCCUUCCCUACCAGAUUACACUCCACUUGAAUCCCUCCUAUUUUUCCAAACUCUCGCCGCCCAAGACUCGCGACCGACUGACUUUGCCUCGAUCUCCAACGUUCUGCGCAAUAACAAGUUUGUUCGCGAAAAUGGCGCUUUCGACGCGCGCAGACUCACUCCUGAGGCGCUGGAAGGCCUUUAUUCAAGGUUGAUGCGCGACGGGAGCGACUCGUCCGCCUCUACACAGGAACCGAACGGUCAUAACUCCGAAUCCAGUCCUAGUAAUCCGAAGAAGCGCAAAAUUGCGACUCCUCGCUCUGAUGGCUUCUCCGAUGCGAAGAAUCCGGGCUUUGUCCCUUACCUGGUGACGCACCUUUACGCGAAAUAUAAGGAACUGGUUACAAAGGAGAUCAGACUUGAGGAGAAACGAUAUAGGGACAUCAAAGACGAGAUCGCACGGCUAGAGAAGGAAGUACACGAAGCUCCCCGUGAGAAGCCCGCGGAACCGGCACCAGCGCCAACUCAUACGAAACAUGAGCCUGCGCCGGAGCCGAUGGAUUUGGAUACAACCGAAACACCUGUUUCUCAACCAAAACCUGAUAAGGAUGUGAACUGCGCCCCGAUCCUGCCUUCCACCGGCGCGGAAGCACAACAACUUCUAGCGGCAUCCCCCCACAAGGAUCAGCCGCCGGCACACGUUACCCCACAAUCACCACUGCCGGAAACCAAGUCACCAGCGCAGCCUCUCGGACAACAGCCAGCAGCUCAGAAAAACCUACAAACACAGGCGCAACCACAACCCCAAUCGCAGCCCCAAGCACCACCUCAAGUAACACCUCCGCCGCAACCUACAUCGCACGCUAUUCUACACCCUACUCCACCACAGCAACCGCACCAUACUCCACAACCACAGGCUCCUCCUAUCCAUCCCCAACAAGUUCAGUCCUCAGCACAAAAUGUCCAACGGCAGCCGCAGCCACCCCACGAAAAAGGAGCAUCGCCGCCUCAGCAAUCACUUGUUACCGCCCCAAGCGUACCAGCUCUGGGAGAGCCAGCGAAUGUGCCGCCGACGCAGCCCGUGGAGCCAUCGUCGAUUCCCACGGCUGUGACUCCUACUCCUGCUCACGACCCCGCUAUCACGCCAUUGCCGCCCUCGCGACAACCUCAACCACCUCAUCCUCCGCAGACAAACAAUGUGCCGGUUGCUUCCCCUACUCCGCAAAAGACUCCCUCGACUGUGGAGGCUGCUGGAAAGAAGGUUGUGCCUGUACCUCCUCCACGCGGACCUCCUCAGGGCAGCCUUCAACAGUGGUCUUUAAACCAACCACAAACCCCGCAACAGCCAUCACAGCACUCUCCAUCCUCAAUUCCUCAACCUGCAGGUCAGCUGAAGCCUUCACAACCGCCGCACUUCCAACAAACCCAGAAGGUGGCACCACAGCCUCAACCUGUGGCAGCGCCGUCAACCCCCCUACCCUCUCGAGCCAUCUUUCCGACCCCAGCGCCCCCUGUUCCCCCAUCCGGAUUUGCAACGCCCAUUGGACGCGCUCAAGGAUAUCCCUCGACUGUACCAAGGCCGUCAAAGCCACAGUUAUCAAUUGCCACCCCUGGAUCGCUCACACCAUGGAAACAGACACCGUAUUCUACACUACCUAAUUCGCCACGCUCACCGGAUCGGCCUGGACCGGAAGAUGUCAGUCCAAUCAGCGAGAGUGCUCCAUCACCAUUUGGAUCUCGAGCGGCAACACCAGAUCAACCUGAGCCUCCGCGCCGAAAGGGCCCUGGCCGGGGAAGGAAAAAGGCAACGGAUGCCAACCAUACUGGACCGAGGAGGAGAACGGAGAAGAACACAGCAACGGCCGGGAAAAAACGUGAUAGGAGUACUGCUUCAUCCAGAAGUCGGGGGCGAUCUAUACUAUCACGUGACGAAGAAUCGGGAGCAGAGGCUGGCAAAAUCAAACGAGAAGUACCUAGCACUCCAAGCGGAGUUGAUACUGUUGGACCCGAGCGGAGCUCGACUAGUCAAAAGGCUCCAGGUUCAGAAUCGCGCCCGGGUAGAGGACGGCCGAAACGCAAACGUAGUGAGCUGCCGGAAACAGAGUCUCAGCCUCAGUCCGAGCUCAGCCAGGCAACCCACGUGGACUUGGAUCAAUCCGCGCCAUUCGUGCUGUGUACGCGCAAUUUUCCGAGGACUGGAGCUCCGAUUAUGAAUGAUGUAUUGACCCACAAGCAUGCAUCUAUAUUUACUAAACCACUGACGGAACGCGAUGCACCCGGUUACCGAGACCUUAUCUACCGGCCGCAGGACUUGAAAUCUAUCAAGUCGAGCAUCAGCCAAGGUAGUAAGGCUGUGGCCGCUGCUACGGAAGCCGCCAACACUCCAGUUGCAGAUGGAGAGUCUCCGGCUCCAAAUGCAGGGACACCGUCAAAGAAUACGGUUCUCAUGCUGCCCAAAACAGAAGAUGUCAUUCCGCCUAAAGCAAUCGUAAACUCGGCGCAGCUAGAGAAGGAAUUGAUACGCAUGUUUACCAAUGCGAUUAUGUACAACCCGAUCCCGCAGCGUGGUUUUGGGCCAGCAUUCCCGCUGGCUCCGGAUGGUGGGUCUGGACGUCGGCAAUAUGCACUGGAGCCUGAUGACGGUGGCAUCAUCAAAGACACUCUCGAGAUGUUUGAGGAUGUCGAGCAGGCGGUCACUACGUGGCGAUCUGCUGAAAUCGCGAGCAAGACUGUUCUCUCUCUUCGGAGAGAAAGCACCAGUGACCCCAACAUGGAUAGCGCGGACGACGUCAAAGGCUGA